AUGAGUUAAUCAAAGUUCUUUGUAGUGAGAAUUAAAUGUUAUGAAUUAGUUUAAAAUUAAAACAAUAGUGAAAUAAACUGUAUGGUUGUAGUGAAAGAAUAUGCAGAUAAUCAAUGUAAAAGAAAAUGUAAUUUUAGGGAAUGAGAAAGGUAAAACAGAGAUUUAAAAAAAUCAACGAAACCCACAAUUUAGCACUGCAAUUUAAUUGAAUUAUCAAUUUGAAAUGUCUUAUAGAGUGUUAUUUUAGGUUUUAAACACUAAUAAAGAAUAGAGUAAUGUUAGUAUUUAAAAAUAUUUUAAGGUAAUUGGAUAGACAGAACUAAAUAUAUAAACUCUGUUAACUGCAAAAGAUUAAAUAUAUUCUACAGAUAUUAUAAAUUAAGGUAAGAAAGCUGGAAGAAUCGUAAUAAUUGGAGAAUAUUAGAAAUAUAAAAAUGA